GGAAUACUGUCUCGGUCUGCUAUUUUUACGUUCACUGGGACGGAGAGGGUGCCAAUAUCUAACAGGGUGUGCUGUCAAAAUGCCGUCGCUCGCAGACUUUGCCAUUUCACGGGGGCAGAUCCAGUGACGAUAUACAAAACCCGAGUCCACAUCGCCUGGUCCCGUUAUAUCACCUCCAUCGAGACCCAGUGAGUCUCUGCAAUCAACGAGCCUUUUCAGCGCGCAAUAUUCUCGAGGUCAACAGUUAUGAGCGCGUCAUCAAAGUACUCCCUUUACGUCUUUGUCGUCCUGGUCGGUUGUGUGGUCGCGUUGUUCAUCGGAAUGGGCAUGUUUCGAAUGUACCAACCACUCGAUCGGGACCAUCCGUACGGUGAUAUUGCCCCGGAGCAAAAGUCAUAUAUGCGCAAUUUGCGACGGCGGAGCUUCAACGCAUUAGCAAUUGCGGCGCGGCGACCUGAUCGUGUGUAUACUGUCUCGUAGGAUAGCCGUGAGGGUGGUACUAGUGUUGGUGUGGUAAAGUACAGGGCGGAUACCCAGUGGGCGAUGGACACUCUAUUGUUUGAUACGUUUUACGACAGGACAAGCCGACAUGCCCUCACUGGCCAGUGUUUGGUCAAAUUCGGACAUAUGGGAGAUCGCGUGUUGGCAAGCCAUCGACAUCUUUCUUUCGUUGUCAUGGUUUGCUCCCGUGGUAAGAAUCGGUGCCGGGGGACUUCCUUUCCACAUGGGAUUGCCACACCAGAUCGUUCUUGGGGGCCAGGUGCAAGGGCUAGUCUCCAGAUAUUCUUGAACCUGGCGGAAGGGUGAAUGAGGGUGCUCGAAAAAUGAUGCUUGUUGGGCACGAUAUCUCACAUUUAAUGACCGAAAUGCUAAUGAACC